AUGGCUGAUCCUCUUCCCCCUCUCUCUCAGGACUCAGCUCACAUCCAUUAUGUGGAGAGCAGAGCCUCCUCGCAGGCCUUCCAGUUCUUCGUGCCGAUUGGUGCUGGGGCCGGACUCCACCUGCCGUCAUCCAUGUUCAUUGGCCAGCCCAACGACAAGCGGGCCUCUCCCGAUCUCUCAGCAGACGAACAGCUGGCCUGUCGCUGGAGGAAGUGCCAUCUUCUCUUUGAGUCCCUGCAAGACCUUGUGGACCACGUCAACGACUUCCACGUCAAACCUGAAAAGGAUUCUGGGUAUUGCUGCCACUGGGACGGCUGCGCUCGCAGAGGGCGGGGCUUCAACGCUAGGUACAAGAUGCUUAUCCAUAUCCGUACACACACCAAUGAGAAGCCUCACCGCUGCCCCACCUGCAACAAGAGCUUCUCUCGCCUGGAGAACCUCAAGAUACACAACCGCUCACACACAGGUGAGAAGCCCUACAUCUGUCCAUACGAGGGCUGCAGCAAGCGCUACUCCAACUCCAGCGACCGCUUCAAGCACACGCGUACCCACUACGUGGACAAGCCCUACUACUGCAAGAUGGCCGGCUGCCUGAAGCGAUACACAGACCCUAGCUCUCUCCGUAAGCACAUCAAGGCCCACGGCCACUCUGUAGCCCAGGAGCAAGGCUGUCCGGGUGGGCUGAGCUCCCUGCUCAAGGUGGGUCCCCUGGGGGUGGGGAUGGGUGGAAGAGGGGUAGCUGGGGAGUCGGAGCUGAGCUACAUCAGUGGGGCCCAUAUCAUCAUCCCCAGCGCCGCUGCCGCUCUCCUGGGGGGCCACGCUCUGCAGGGCCUGGCGGGCUCCAUGCCUCUAUCCCCCCUCGCCCCCCGGCCCCUGGACCUGAGCACGCUGGGGGGGUGCCCCAGCUCCCCUUGCACCACCUCCAUCCUGUCUUUCAAUGGUUCUCCUCUGAGCCUGGCCACCAAGUCGUCCCUGGGGCACUCCCCGGCCUUCCCCUCUUCAGCCCUGGGGCUGGGGCCCACCAUGGUGCCCGUGUCCCUAGGAGGAUCCAUGGGGUCGUCCGCCUCAGAGCGCAGGGCCCACCACCACGGGUGUCACCACAAGGGGAAAAUUGGGGGUGGGGGGGAGGAGGGGAAGAACAAGCUUCAUCGUGGGGGGGUGCUGAACCUCUCCACGGGGGCCUCCCACGACCCCCUGUCCUGGGUGGUCAUCCCCUCCGGCACGGUUGUGCUUAAGCCAGCUGUUCUCCAUCUCAUGUGUAUGUAUUGA